AUGACAGGUGUGAUCUUAACUGUCGGAUCCACAAAAAAAGUAGAAAUAAAUGUCAGUACUGUCGGUUUCAGAAGUGCCUUGCUGUGGGAAUGUCUCAUAAUGCCAUUUGUCAUCUAUGACAUGAAUUCCUUAAUGAUGGGAGAAGAUAAAAUCAAGUUCAAACACAUCACCCCCCUGCAGGAGCAGAGCAAAGAAGUGGCCAUUCGCAUUUUCCAGGGGUGCCAAUUUCGUUCCGUGGAAGCCGUGCAGGAGAUCACAGAGUAUGCCAAAAGUAUCCCCGGCUUUGUAAACCUUGACUUGAAUGACCAAGUAACUCUGCUCAAGUAUGGUGUCCAUGAGAUCAUCUACACAAUGCUGGCCUCCCUGAUGAAUAAAGAUGGGGUUCUCAUAUCAGAGGGCCAAGGGUUCAUGACCAGGGAGUUCCUCAAGAGCCUACGGAAGCCCUUUGGUGACUUUAUGGAGCCCAAGUUUGAGUUUGCUGUGAAGUUCAAUGCACUGGAAUUAGAUGACAGCGACUUGGCCAUAUUUAUAGCUGUCAUUAUUCUCAGUGGAGACCGCCCAGGCUUGCUCAACGUGAAACCCAUUGAGGACAUCCAGGACAACCUGCUGCAGGCCCUGGAACUCCAACUCAAGCUGAACCACCCUGAGUCCUCACAGCUGUUUGCCAAGCUGCUCCAGAAAAUGACAGACCUCAGACAGAUCGUCACGGAGCAUGUGCAGCUAUUGCACGUGAUCAAGAAGACUGAGACGGACAUGAGCCUGCACCCCCUGCUGCAGGAGAUCUACAAGGACUUAUAUUAGCAGAAAAGUCCAGCCGCUGAUAGCACAUUCCUUCUUCUAAUUGCACUAUUACUUUGAGGGAAAAUCUGACACCUAAGAAAUUUACUGUGAAAAAGCAUUUUAAAAACAAAAGGUUUUAAAAUAUGAUUUAUUUUAUGCAUAUUGUUUAUAAAAAUACAUUUACAAUUUACUUUUAAUAUUAAA